AUGGAAAAUGUUUGCCCCAAGCGUCCAGGCCCUACGGCCUCAAUUGAAAGGUCACUGGUGGCCAACGUGGAGCAUUAUGAAAAGUUAAAGCUCCUUAGACUCAGAGCACUCGAUAUGGCUUCAUCAUUCAAGCUCAAGCCUGUGUAUGGCUUUUACGACAUCCAAGAUAUAUUUAGAUCCAGUGGAGCGCCACCCAUAUUUGACCCAUAUACUUAUAUAGAAACACGUCUUCAACCUAAAGGCCUGCACGCGAUGGCUUCUGGCAUCCCCGACGUAAACAAAAUAAUCUCUAGCUUGGCCGCCACGAAGUACACUACUGUGGCAUCGGCAACCAUCUUGAUGUGGGAUUACGUCCUGACGCUAGAUCAAGAGAUUUCAAGAGUGUGGAGUGCGAAAAGGACUGUGGGCACAACGAUUUUUCUCUUCGUUGCUCGAUUUGAAAAGUCUCAUCCAGUCGUCAACUUCAACAGCUGCAGAAACUAUGAAAUCGUGUCGACAUUAAUGGACCUAGUAUCUAUUGCCAUUAUAGAAGGGAUUUUAUGUUUUGUAAAUUUGCAAUCCCAUUUCUUCAGUCAAGGGCUAACUUUUCACAAGUGUUCCAUGGUCAAUAUGGUCACCAUUUUCUUCAUCGUAUUUCGCUAUGAAACAUGCUUCUGGGUGCCUUUCUUCCUAUUGGAGACAAGUAAAUCCUUGAAGGACCUCGUUCAGCCUAUCAGUAUCAUCGUUAUGUCGUCAAAGUUCUCGUUCCUCGAUUCUGACGAUUCUAUCUCGCGAUGGCAAGUCUUCACCUACUUCGGCGAAUUAUGGCUGAUGGUCUUCUACGUAGGACUGAUUUAUUACAUUGUGAUCAUGUAUCCAUUCGCGUCUUAUCUGGCUGUUGGGCAACAAUAUGCUCCAGGUUGCUUUUGA